GGGGAGGGGAGGGAGGGGAGGGGAAGGGAAGUGGGGAGAGAGAGAGAGCACAGGGCGAUGGCGGUAUAAAGCUGGGAGCCUGCACUCCGGUCGGGUGCGGUGAGCGAGCGGCGGGACAACUUCAGUGACUCGGCGAGUUUUGUCCCAACUGUUGCAGCCCGUUCGCCGGCCGAAGGCGGCGGACAGAGAGAAGGCGGGGAGCAGCGGCUGACAUUUGAUUAUUUGGAUGUUCCCACCCAAUCGUGCUCGAUCCCAAAUCCACAAUGAAUGAAAUCGUGAUUGAUCAAUCCAAUCUACCUCGGGUGCGAGAAGUGUGCCGUGGCUUUGCGGUCUUGGAGGAUGGGGCAUUGGCACAUAAUCUUCAGGAGCGAGAGAUUGAACAGCACUACGCCUCGAACAUCGAGAAGAACAAGUUGGUCCGGCAGGAUGUCUGUGUGGCCAAGAAGCUGCAGGACGAGGAGGAACUGGAGGCCCAGCACUACAGCCGGGAACAUCAGCAGCAGAUUGAAGAGCUCGAUUCGCAGUACGCCAAAGUUGUGCAGGAGGAGAUUGAGAAGCGGGUUGAGGAGAGUCUGCGACGGGAGGCACAGGACAAGGAAGUGGCCAGGAGGUUACAGGAGGAGGAAGAGCUGAGGAACCGGAGAAAACUCACUCUGGAGGCUGAGGUGUACGGAGCCGGACAGGAGGCAUACCGGCAGAGGGGGAAGAGACUGUGGCGUGAGCAGGGUGGGAGCUCUCUGGACAGGAAGGUUGCAGAGCUGAAUAUCAGAGAUUCCUACAGUGCUGAUGAGGAGCAGCUCCAGAGGGACGAGGCAUUGGCCCGUCUCUUGCAGGAGGAGGAGGAAGUGAGGAUGGUACAGCUGAAAUCAAGGAGCCAAAAGAAUCAGGAAGAGGACUUUCGCACUGCACAGGUCGCACAGGAUGAGGAAAUCGCUCGGUACAUCCAGAGACAGGAACUGAAAGCCCACAAGCAGUCCAAGGGGCUCAGGAGAGCAUGUUCUGGAGACAGCAACAAUUCCUCAGAGAGGUGGGAGAGACGGAGUCAAACGGGCUUCUCUCGCCAAGAAUGGCUGAAUUCGGAAGAAUUCCCAUCUCCAAGUGGUGGGAAGAGCCCAGAGAGAGGGUCGUCACCCACAGAACAGCUGCAGCAGACCAGGUAUCUGUUCCCAAGAAAUAUCGCAGAGGAGCUAGAUCCGACCUUUAAAACCAAAAAUGCCGAGUGUUCAUCGGAGUCGGUCCGUCCUAUUCCACCAGGAUUGCCUCGCUCCCGUGCUAUGCCGCCAGAUGGUUUCUACGACUACCUGGAUGAGCCCUCCGAGCCCACGUUUGUUCCACCAACCAGACGGCAGGAAGAGAAGUUGGUGAGACAGAAAUCAAAGGAGAAGAAGGAAGGAUGUAAGCAACAGUGAGAGUGGUCUGUGCUGUGCAACAGGCUGAUACAUCUGAGAAGCCUCUGUCACACACUUGUGCACAAGUGCCACACACACACACACUUUUCUUCAUAUAAAUUCCAGGUUUCCACUGCACACUUUGCUUGAAGCACUCGAACUAUUUGCGUUAGUGCCUCUGGAGCCUGCAGCUGUAGGUUGUCCUGAGUCACACGUCUCACUGAUUCCAGUGGAUCUACACCUGCAGGCUCCAGUGCACCAACCUGGAGUGAGCAAAAGGCAGCUGGUGUAGGGCCUGCCUCUGAUCCUGGUGCAAACAGCAGCCUGGCAGCAAUCUGUUGCACUUUAGUGUCAGUGAAGGGAAGGGGUGAUCCCCAGGUCCAAGAACCUGCCUCAAGUUUGAAUGACACAACAUGGAAAUGGUCAUUGAUGAAACCAGCAGGUGUGGAUUUGAGUGCCCCUUCCUCUCUUUUUCUAUUUGAGGCUGAGGUAGAGAGACUGAUCAAACAGGCUGCACCUCACUGGUCAUGAUAGGAGUGCCUGCCAUAACUGUUCUUGUACGCAGUGCUUUUGGUUGAAAGUGAGAGCUGAGAGUGGCACCUUCGCACCUCUGGCCUGGAGCCUUCCUGGACAAGGUGAAGAAUGACUCUCCCUUUUAUAAUUCUCCUCACUGCUCUUGUGUAUGGGCAGGAUUGACGGAUGCCAGGAGCAGGGGCCAAUGAUCUCACUCCCGGCCCAGUUACACACACAGUGCCCAAACUCACCACUAGAGGCCGUACAAACUCAGAUCUCGAUCGCCAGCGUGUUCCUGCGGCUCCCCACACGAGUUGUGCCUCUGGCUCACUCCAACUUUGUACAGACCCUCACUGAGCCCUCUGCAGCAUCUCCUUGUACAUCGCAAUCCAAAGAACCCGGCCCCGAGGGAAGGGCUGAACAUUCCAGUAAUUUAAUCUUUGCCUAUUUUGAUGUAUUUAAUAAUGCUGGAAUUUCUUUGUUGAUCAUUACUUUGGACAAUGAAAGGGAACUUUAAUCUGUAUCUGGCUCAUGCUGUACUUGUCCCAGGAGUGUUUGAUGGGACAAUCUGAGGAGAGUUUUGCUUUGUAUCCAGCCUCUGUGUCUAACCCUAGGAAUGUUUCAUAAAACAGAGAUUGCUUUG